CCCGACGUCCCUCUGGUAGCCCAGGAACUGAUGAGGAGGAUGGUCCGGCAGUUUGCUGCGGAGUACGCCUCCAAGACGCGCCUCACCACCUCGACCGACACGGGCUCCCGGCGUCCGGACCUCGACACGCCUCUAGACCUCACUGUGACGCGGAACCAGGAGGAGGAACCCACACCAGCUGACACUGUGCUCGACCUCUCCAAGCGGAACUCUGCCAGCUCGGCCUCCACAUCACCCACCAAUCACAAAGCCUCAGGGUGAGUGUCUCUCCUCUCAUUGGUCCAUACUCCACAUCGCCCACCAUUCACAAAGCCUCAGGGUGAGUGUCUCUCCUCUCAUUGGUCCAUACUCCACAUCGCCCACCAAUCACAAAGCCUCAGGGUGAGUGUCUCUCCUCUCAUUGGUCCAUACUCCACAUCACCCACCAUUCACAAAGCCUCAGGGUGAGUGUCUCUCCUCUCAUUGGUCCAUACUCCACAUCGCCCACCAAUCACAAAGCCUCAGGGUGAGGUGUCUCUCCUCUCAUUGGUCCAAACUAGCACGCUA